CGCCUUCCUAAGCAUUUCUGAACAGGCAUCAACAAAAAAGCAGUUCUACAAAUAAGCGAAGAUAGUCUAGAAAAUAUAACAAGUUUCUACAAUAAAAUGGGAAAUCGUUUAUUUAGCAGCUCAGUUGAAAAAGAAGUGUCUAGACAUAAAUUGGCUUCAGAUGAAUUUAUUUCAAAACUGUGUGGUGAAAUAAGCUAUAAUAUUGGAAGUGAUUGGUUGCGAUGGGGAAGACACCUUGGUCUAAGUGAUCCAGAUCUGGAUAACAUUAGCUCUGAUAACAAAAAUUGUUAUGAAAAAGCUGAUAAUGUUUUUAAAAAGUGGAAACAAAAAAUAGGAAAUCCUUCAUGGACGCAAUUAAAAAAAGAAUUACUGGCUUUUAGUCGAUUAGAUAUUGUGAUUAAAAUUGAAACAAAAUUUGGAGAGACUUCAAGUUCACCAAACAAAGAUUUUACUGUUUCUUUCAAUAAAGAUUUGUUGAGGAUGUCGGCUGAACUAAAAAAAUUUUAUCUUAAGUAUUAUGGGAAAAUUGGUGAACUUCAACCACUAUUAAAAGCAUCUGCAAAUGUUGAUCUAAUACAAAAAUUUGUUGAUCUAUGUAUUGUUGAUGCAGUGAAUGCUCAAAUGGAUGCUAUUUUCUGUGUUGAACGAAAGGAAUUUCUUAAAAAGCAAAUUCGUUAUACAUCAAUUCCAUACAGUGAAAUAUUUAUGGAAGAAAAACCAGUAAUAUUAAUAUCUGGAAUAGCUGGUAUCGGGAAAACAUGGUUGCUUAGAAAAUGUUUGUUUGAUUGGUCAAAUGAUUUAAUUUGGAAAAAGGUUGAACUUGUUUUCUAUUUGGAAUGCAGGAGAAUUAAUCAAUAUCCAUUUAUUUCUAAUAUUAAUGAUUUACUAAAUGUGUUCUACAAAGAUAUUGUAAACAACUUUGAUAUUAAAAAUCAUACUGCACUGUUUAUAAUUGAUGGAUUAGAUGAGUUUAAAUAUUUUAAUGAAUUGUUAAACCCAAGUUUGACUUGUAACUAUCCGAUUGUUAAUGCUUUAGCAGAAAUUCAAAAAUACACACAUGUAAUUGCUGGUAGAGUUUAUGCAAUAAAUCAAUACCAAAGUAUAUCUACAGAACAUAGCGAUAAGUUAACCAUUCAAGUAAUGGGGUUUAAUGAAAAUGGAAUAAAUAAUUAUGUAGAAAAUCAUGUUAUAGAAGAAAAAAAAGAAUUUGUAAAAACAACUUUAAAGGAGUCUCCAAUUGCAAAAGCCAUGGCAUCUGUUCCUUUUUAUUUAUCUUCAAUGUGUAAAAUUAUAAGUGAAUCGAAAAAAUUUGAUACAAAUUCUUUCUUAACAAUGACUGAUUUGUAUACAAAUAUUUUUUUAUACUUUUUGCGAAAACAUAUCAUAAAAAACAAUAAACUGAUAUAUGAGAUAAUGGAAGACAGUUCCAAUAAAAAGUAUAUUUUAAAUAUUUGUAAAAUUGCAUAUAAAAUGUUUUUUAACAAUAAAAUAAUUUUUUCCAAAGAUGAAAUUCAAACCUUUAUUAAUGACUUUGAUGAAAAUGAAGGUAAUUUCUUUGGAUUUAUAGAAAGGAUUGAAUCAGAUCUUGGUUAUUUUUAUCAGUUUGCACAUUUGACAAUAAUGGAGUUUUGUGCAUCUGUAUAUGCAUAUAAUUGUUUAAGUAGUGAUGAGAUUAUGACUGAUGAGAGGCUGAAGAUUAGUUGUUUACCAAUGAUUUGUGGAUUAGCCAAUAAAAACCCAAACAGUUUAUUACAGUUUCUUGUUAACCUGGAUUCUUCAAAAAAAACCUUUAAAGACUCUUCAUUUUUAUGUUCUAUUUUGGGUAAGUUUUGGAACUUUGUUGCAUUUUGGUGAACGUAGUUUAGAUAUUUAUUCAGGUGUUUACUAAGAUGUAACUAAUAUUGAGCAGUGGUUCCCAACUCUAUGUUUCCAUAUACCAUAGCGCCUGCGGAUUGAUUUGUAUUUGCCCGCAACUAUUUGACAGUUAAAUUUUUUUUUUAUAAAUAGCUAAAAUGUUAAUGACUUUUAUUUAUUUGGUAGAGUUUUUUCACAUGUAUAAUGUGUCCCAAUUAAAGAUAGGCGGUGCUUACCACCCUCCCGAUAUUUUAGAAUGUGUUCUAGAGUUCAAAACGGUUGGAAACCCCUGAUAUAGAGCUUUUUACUUUAUUGUUUUUUUUUUACAAGAGAUUUAUAAAAUAUUAUUUUACAUUUUACAAGUUAAAAAUGUUACGCAAGUUUUCUAAAAAAAAAUUCAAAAAAAAUUUUUAAUCUAAUAUGACAACUAAAAUAAUUAAAUUCAUUGUGUAACCCUUGCUCGCUUUAUAAAUGCUGAAGGUAACUGUUAUUGUGGUUUUGGAUAGAUAAGACUUUUUAUUUAUUCAAUUUUUUUUGGAGGGAG